AUGUCAACUAAGAAUACCUACUGGAACGAGACCUCUGUUGCCAGAUACAGCAAGAACAUAAGCAGACAUGUCCAGCAUUGGUAUGUACGUCCUCCAGUGCUGGGACUAGUGCAGCACAAGGAAGGCAUCGUGGACUCGUUACCUCAGGGCUUGUUGGAGGGGCGCCCUGGCAGCUCUCUCCUGCUUACACCUCACCAGUUACAACAGCUACAGCAGCUGACAGCUGGGGGGGAGGGAGGGGGGGUGACGGUGACUCUACAGCACGGCCAGGCGGGGGGACAGUUGGUCCUAACACCGCAGCCAUCGCACACAGCGUUCUAUCCGGAAAUACUUGCUGGCCACACUACCCACAGUAUACUACAUCACCAUGUGCGACAGGCCAGCAUCAUACAGCAGGUCGGACAGACCAGCAUCCAGCAGGUGGGUGUGGGAGUGGGGAGCCAGGCCACAGUCAAGCCCGGCUCGCCGUUCUCGUCCCGUUCGCUCACACCCUCGCCCUCAGCCCAGCACCGAGUCACGCCCCAGCCCCACCCCCUACAUCAGGUGAUGGGGGCUCCGCCCCAAGUGCUGCAGAUCUUCCACCAGCAGGCUACUCGCAACACUGUGACUGGUGGGGGAGUGAGCACUAUUAAGACCAAGCAGCCCCCACAAAUCCUGCCCAAGCCCCCAGGCAGUGUGGGAGUGAAUGCCCCCACAAAGGUGGCUGCUCCACAACCUGCCUCCAGCCCCCAGAUAGCCAUCCCUGCCCAGCAACAGCAAACUAUCCUACUUAAUCAGAUGAUCCCCAGUACCCCAGUGUUGGUACAGCAACAGACUAGCAGUGGUGUCCAGUUGAUUCUCCGCUCUCCUCCGCCUGCACCAGCUGCCAAGCAGAGCACCGUGGUACUAAGCAAUGGCAGUUUGGCGCAGCCUGGGACUGUUUUGGUCCAGGGGCGACAACAGCCGCAGUAUGUGCGGCUGUUGUCGGGCCAAAUGCUGCAAUUACAGCAGAUCCAGACUUCUUCAGGUCCUACUAUAAUUGCUGUGCCUGCCCCUUCUACACCUACGCCUCCACCACAACCACCGCCGUCCCCUACGCUUAUUAAGAAGGUCAAGAAAAAGAAGAAGAAAGAGGAGGAGCCCACUCGUCUUGAUCUUGCCAACCUUAUGAAACUAUCCGGUAUUGAAGACGAGGAUGUGGCUCCUGUAUCAGUGGCCCAGCAGACACAGACCCCACCCCAGCAGUCUCCUACACCUCCACCUCCUCCACAGCAACAGCUCCAGCACCAACCUCCACCUCCUGCAUCACCCAAGCAGCAGCAGGCUUCACACCUCGUUGCUCAGCUACAGGCUCCUACUCAGUGUUCCAAUCAACUGAGGGUCUCUGUGGGGGAAGAUGGGCGGAUGAUUCUUCAUCCUAACCAGCCUCAGGUAAGUGGAGGAGUGACCCCCAGCAUCGCAGCUACUGCCCAGACUCAGUUGGCUCAGCUGUUGGCUCAUCACGGCGAGGGUAUCUUGCAGAACAACUCCAGUCUUGCUGGUGCUUCUAACAAAGAUUCAGCAGCUCUAUUACAGUCCCUACAGACUGCGGUGCUGAGCUGGGCUAACACGGACUCACUAGUGAUGAAGAGUGGUGGAGUGGCACUGACGAGUGCUCCACAAGUAGUCAUCAAUGCCAACAUGAGACGGCCCACCAACACUCCCACCAGCGUAGUGGUAGCCAAUCCUACUCUACUGGAUCCAGCACAGAAUGGUGUGCGCAUUGUCACCGAUAUCAAUGGCAUCCAGCCAACACAAAACCGCAUCCAAGUGGUGCCGUCCGGUGCAACGGUCGCACUCAGUGAACAGAACCGUGUCCAGAUAGUGAACUCGCUCAGUGAGCAACAGAACCGGGUGCAAAUAGUUGCCAACUCAUUGAGUGAACAGCAAAACCGGGUGCAAAUAGUGAACUCACUUAGUGAACAACAAAACCGGGUACAUAUAGUGUCCAACUCUGUGAGUGAACAGCAAAACAGAGUGCAAAUUGUUUCGAGUGUUCCUCAUUCGCAAACUAUGUCUUUCAAUGAUCAGAAUAGGUUUCACACUAUAGUCUCUCGUGCUCCUAGCUCGACCUCCAUGUCUUUAGAGCAACAAAACAGAGUUCAUAUAGUGUCAGGUGUUCCCACAUCCACCACCAUGUCCUUGACAGAACAACAGAACAGAGUGCAGAUAGUCUCAGGCAGUCAAAUGUCUACAGGGAUGUCAUUGACUGAUCAACAGAGCAGAGUUCAAAUAGUUUCGGGUGUUCCUAGUGCCAACACUCUUUCACUCACAGAGCAACAAAAUAGGGUCCAGAUUGUCUCCGGUGUUCCUAAUUCUACUCUCACCGAGCAACAGAACAGGGUACAAAUAGUGUCCGGCAUUCCUAGUUCAAGUUCCAUGGCUCUGACUGAACAGAACCGCGUCCAAAUCGUGUCGGGGGUCGCCAACCCUUCUUCUAUGUCUCUCAGUGAACAAAAUAGAGUGCAGAUCGUGUCGGCAGUGCCACAGUCUAGUGCGAUGUCAUUAGAGCAGCAGAACCGUGUCCAGAUUGUCUCGGGAGUCCACAGUUCCAGUGCCAUGUCAAUGACGGAACAACAGAACAGGGUACAGAUAGUUUCCGGCAUCACCAACAAGGCGAUGUCUCUAACUGAACAGCAGAAUAGAGUCCAGAUCAUCUCUAGCGUGCCAACCGCAAACUCCAUGUCACUGACUGAACAGCAAAACAGGGUACAAAUUGUUUCCGGGAUGCAAAAUUCCAACUCAUUAUCCUUAGAACAGCAGAAUAGAGUUCAAAUUGUUUCAGGAAUGCAGAGUAAUGGAAUGUCAGUAGCGGAGCAACAAAAUAGAGUCCAUAUUGUGUCUGGUUUGGCCAACUCUAGCAUGUCCUGUGAACAGAACAGGGUUCAGAUUGUAUCUGGUGUCAGCAAUGCUACGGGAAUCCAAAUUAAUGAACAACCAUCCAGCAGAGUACAUGUGGUAUCAGCUUCAACAAACACUACAGAUCAACCUAGCAGGGUCCAAAUUGUAUCUGGCAUUCCAAACCGAACAGCAACUUCACUGCCAGAAAGAAUACAGUUGGUACAGAAUGAACAAAACAGAGUGCAGAUUGCAACUACUAUGCCGAGUUUGUCUUUUACUGACCAUCAAAAUAGGGUCCAUAUCGUGUCAGGGUCUUCAAACUCCAAUCCUGUGAUAUCAGAACAAAAUAGGGUGCAAAUUGUGACAGGUGUUCCUAAUACUAAUAUUUUAUCCCUGAAUGAACAACAACAAAGUAGGGUACAAAUUCUCUCCAAUACCAGUCACAAUAGUGUGUCAUUAGCUCCUGAACAACAAAGACUACAACUGGUAGCCGGUCUGAGCUCAGACCCUACUGUUCAGAUUGUUACAACAAUGGCAAAUUCUGAACAUUGUCACAUUUCCUCAGCAGGGAACCUUUCGCUUAGUGAACAACAGAGGCUUCACGUCGUAACUUCUCUUGCAGGCACAGGAGGUGUCAGUGACCAACGAAUACAUAUUGUGUCUGGUUCACCGAUGAACGACAGGCUGAGGCUCUCCAGUGGUGCUGUUGAACCACCCAGACAGAUGCAGAGCAGCGGAGUACAAACUGUAGAGCAGGUGAUCAGGCCACAGUUCCAGCCCAAACAGCCAGCUCGUUCUCCACAGGUCCCACAACAGUAUCAACCCACCAUCAUCAGUCCCCGAUGUAACCCCACUAUGUCUCCACAAUCUCCUCGGGGUGGAGCCAACAAGAGUCCUGUUGUCUUUCCUGCUCACAGUCCCCAACACAGUCAACAACAGCAACCGUCACCGCAACAACAGCAGCAACAAACACAAACACCAAAGUCGACAUUCUCAAACCGCCCGAACCUGACAGUAGUCACACAAUCUUCACCGUCCUACCAGCCACAGCCAAUGGCCACAUCACAAACACAGACCUCACACUUAGAGAACCACACGUUGGUUAAUCAUUACCAACAGUUUCCAUCGAAACCAGUGUCCACAUGUGGGUCUCACCUGAACCAUCAGAUGGACAGUUCUAAUAACCAUCCCUCUGUAAUAACCUCAUUGGCCACGUGUCAGACGACGACGGCAAUAACCAAGCCCCUUCAGGCAGUAACAAGGCAGCCUCAGAGACCUGUUACGACCACAUCAUCAGCAAACUCCUUCCAGAACUCAUUCCUCGACAGUAUAGCGCAGUCUCAUCCGAACCUGGUCAUUAACAAAUCUCCCACACCGCCUAUUGCAUCUAAAGCUCUAAAACCGAAGAAGUUACCAAAGAAAUCAGCUGUGGUGAAGCCAAUGAUGCACGAAGAGCGUCAGGGCCCCCAGACAACUGCCCCUAGUUGUGAGAAAGAGCCUGAGCCACCCAGCCUGGUGCCCAUCAGUACCCAAUGCGACUCCACCCACCCAUCCAAUAUGGUGCAGAGGGUUCAAACCAUCCAGCUCACACCUCAGAAGCAGCAGCACCUAAAGGCUGUGCAGAGUCAGAUCGCGGCGUUGACCCAAAAGAAGGUACGGACGCCUACAGAAAAUGCAGCAUUACAACGGCUCUUUGUGGAUCAGCAGAAGAUUCUGUUCUCUGGCAAACUGAUCCCCACAAUCCCUGGCCAGCAUGCUCAAGGCAUUACUUUUCAAGUGUCAACACCCAUGAGAGUGCUGCCACCACCAGCGAGUAGUCCCCGCCAAUUCCCUCCUCCACCCCCACCUCAGCCUGUCCCUCCACCUCCACCUCCUGCCCCUCCGCCCACCGUCUCCAAGGCGACAUCUCCCAUCCAUGUACAGGUGGGCACCCAGACCAGUUGUGAGCUCUCUCCCAGCCCUCCUGCUCUCAGCCACGCCAAACGAUCUGCUCUUAUCGAGCAGCAGCAAAGGGCAGACCGGCAGGGAGCAACAGCACCAGAUGUCAACACGCCGUUUGCCAGCACGAGUGACGCAGUGAAGCGACUGGUGCGCUACCACUGCUUAGAUGAACCCGUGUUCAGUGAGAGCGACCUGAGUAAGGCAGACGAGAUAUUUGAGGCCACUGCGCGACACUUGCUGGACAAGAACGCACAGAUGCUUAAUAAGUACAACUACUUGCUCCUCAUGGAGAGCAUGCGCCAGGUGCAGACCAGUGAGCUAAUCAUGUUGGGACGGAUGUUCGUGAGCGAUGAGACAGCCCGGUUGGAAGCUGCUAAAGUGGAAGCCAGUCAGCCACCACCAGCCAAAAAAGAGCGGGAGGAGAAGUCACCGGUGGUCAGAAAAGAGACUGAGGACAAGGAGCGAGAGAGUGGGGAACAGCGUACAGCCAAACGGGAGAGGGAAGAAACGGAUGAAGGGGUUGGGGUAAAGAAACACUGCGCAGAUGAUGAGGAGAUCAACGCACAAGUGCAGAACGCCAUCGACAGCAUCCUCAACCUUGGCAGCAAUCGAUCAGAUCCAGCGCUCGACGAGGCGAUGACUAAAUGGCAAGAAGCUGUUAGUGAGGGCACAAAUCGGUGAUAUACUCCUCGAUCCUGUUACUUACUGCGGAUGUUUUACUUACCGUAGGCACGUUUCCAGUGUAUAUAGCGUUUGUACAUCUUGGCUUUAGUUUAUAUUUUGACCUGCCUUAUUUAUUAUCGCUGCUGCACAGAGCUUGACAACGAAACUACUGCCUUGUUCUGGUCUGUCUUGUCCGUCUGGUAAUGUGGUGGCUCCAGUCUCACGAAACGCAUUUAUUACAAUUUAAUUAGUAAUUAAGUUUAAAAUUACAUUAAUUGACCAACCUUGCAAAAUAUUGAAGCUUUAGAAUGUUAAAAAUAUUUUAAGAACUAUCAAACAUGCAGUAGGCUCUUAAUAAUGUGGCUAUAGAAGUAUGGAGAAAUAUGCUUGUUACCAGUGUGUUUAUAUUCAUAUUUGUUCAAUUUUCUAAUAAUUUUCCUUAAUAACACGUCUCUUUUUACAUUAAUAAUAGACAAGAAAUUUAUUAACAAGCGAUGUGUAUAAUUUUAUACACUUUUUCAAGAAUUUUAGCAAACAUUCAGAAAACUUAACGUUCAACAAAAGUUGAUCAAAAUUUCAGGAUUAACCAUUUCCAUUUGUAAUCUUUCAGUUGGCUGAUGAAUUACAAACCACACUUUUAAAUAGGUUCGAUUAUUGAUAGCCUACUGUUUAAAGUUUUAUAUGUAUUGUUGAAACAUAAUAGAAAACUGUUGUUCUAUGUAUAAAAUGCUUAAUAUUGUAAUCUCAUAUUGUAGCAAUCUUUUGUUAAUGUUAAUUCCAAAUUUAUAUAUAUAAGUGUUAUUCUUCUUUAACAGUCCUAAUGAGUAGAAUUUAAAUUUUUUGGUAGUCACUGCAUUUAAUGUUAGUGAAUUUAAUGAAUAAUCUGUUACAAUUGGACUGUACAACGUGCAACAAAUGAUAAAUACCCUGUCAUAAAGAGUUCUAAACUUGUUCAGCAUGUGAUGCAAAUUAUCACAAACAAAACAAUUAUCUAAAGCACAAAAAUAGCCAUUGCCCUUCACUUUAAAACUGUCCUGCAUAGUCUAUAUAAUGCUUGAGAAAGAAAUGUUAAGACUGGAAGGCCACCCCUCCGUCGGCUAGCUUUACACCAUGUGAUAGUCGUAUCGUUCCAGCAGUUCUUUAAGUAUUAAUUAUGUUUUAAGUGCCAGUUCCUAUGCUAAUAUUUCUCGCUUUUCCUUUGCACUGAGAACACUGUUUUUAUUUAUUUUACAAGUGUCCAGUCAGAUUAAUAACGCUUUUGUGUUUUCUACUUCUUUUAGAUAAAUUAUUGAAAAUUAUCUUGAGCACAAUGCAGUUGCAUUCCUGGUGUGAUACAUAAUUACAGAGUCCUUCUGACAACUGCGCGCUGUGAUACGCUCUCAGAUAUUUUGAAUGUAUUGUCUGGAAACAGAAAAUUAAUCAAACAAUACUCACUUUUGUUUUUCUGGUGCCAUAGUUAAAAGUUACGUUAAGUAAUAAUUAAAUUUAAGUAACAUAACAUUUUCCUUCAACUGUCUAUAUAAACCUGUCUUUUAACUUUUGAAGUGGUGCUCUUUUUAUAGAUUUGUAAUUUACAAAACUAUAUUUAAUUUCAUGUUAACUAUUUUAUAUAGGUACCGGUAAUACUUGAAAUUCUGUGUCAACAAAAUGUUGAGUAAUUUUUUUAACCAGGAUCAGUCAUUUUAGAACCAUAGUGCUAUACUGGUAAUUUAUAGUGUAAGAAUUGUAAAACUUGAUUCUGUUUUUUUUUUUUUGUUUUUGUUUUUUUACAAUCGUGUGUGCUGUUUCUUAUUUUUGCUUGAAGCACAUUUUAAUUACAGUUUUAUGGUAAUUUUAAAGUACUUUGACUUGUAUUCCAUCAAACUAGAUGUGCUAAGUUGUAGUAGGAAAACUGGAAAGUAAAUUAUUUUUCCACUUGCAUGAAUUUUUAGCAGUAUUUAUUUGAUUGAAAGAGUACUGAUUGUCUAUUUAUUAUGGUUAUUUAAUUUUUAUGUAAUUAAACUGAGUAUUGAUUGUUAUGCAAGUUAAAGUGAAUGGUGGACUCACUCAAAGCAAUAUUCCCAUUGGUCAAGACUGCAAGAGGUUGUGACUGUCCGUGAUCUCAUACUACCAUCCUAAGCAUGGAGAUACUUCAUUAUGUACAAAUUUAAUAACUUAAAUAUGAUAGUGUAAUAUAAUUGUAAAUAUUGUACAUAACUUUUACAGAUAAACAAAUUCAUUUUAAAUGA